GACUCCUUUUAGGGGGAUUUAGAAGGCGUAUAAAGGCUGCUGGCCGAGAACUUCCUUCUUCAUUCUACAGCUGGUGCCAGAACUCUCAAUCCUCCACUGAGAGAAAAUGUCCAUCCAAGUGGAGCACCCUGCUGGUGGUUACAAGAAACUGUUCGAAACUGUGGAGGAACUGCCCUCGCCACUCACAGCGCAUGUGACAGGCAGGAUCCCCCUCUGGCUCACUGGCAGUCUCCUUCGAUGUGGGCCAGGACUCUUUGAAGUUGGAUCUGAGCCAUUUUACCAUCUGUUUGAUGGGCAAGCCCUCCUGCACAAGUUCGACUUCAAGGAAGGACAUGUCACAUACCAUAGAAGGUUCAUCCGCACUGAUGCUUACGUACGGGCAAUGACUGAGAAAAGGAUCGUCAUAACAGAAUUUGGCACCUGUGCUUUCCCAGAUCCCUGCAAGAAUAUAUUUUCCAGGUUUUUUUCUUACUUCCGAGGAAUAGAGGUUACUGACAAUGCCCUUGUUAAUGUCUACCCAGUGGGGGAAGAUUACUACGCCUGCACAGAGACCAACUUCAUUACAAAGAUUAAUCCCGAGACCUUGGAAACAAUUAAGCAGGUGGAUCUUUGCAACUAUGUCUCAGUCAAUGGAGCCACUGCUCACCCCCAUAUUGAAAGUGAUGGAACUGUUUACAACAUUGGUAAUUGCUUUGGGAAGAAUUUUUCAAUUGCCUACAAUAUUGUAAAGAUCCCUCCAUUACAAGCAGACAAGGAAGAUCCAAUAAGCAAGUCAGAGGUCGUUGUACAAUUCCCCUGCAGUGAUCGAUUCAAGCCAUCUUACGUCCAUAGUUUUGGUUUGACUCCCAACUAUAUUGUUUUUGUGGAAACACCAGUCAAAAUUAACCUGUUCAAGUUCCUUUCCUCAUGGAGUCUUUGGGGCGCAAACUACAUGGACUGCUUUGAGUCCAAUGAAACCAUGGGGGUUUGGCUUCAUAUUGCUGACAAAAAAAGGAGAAAGUAUGUCAAUAAUAAAUACAGGACCUCUUCUUUCAAUCUCUUCCAUCACAUCAAUACCUAUGAAGACAAUGAAUUUCUGAUUGUCGAUCUCUGUUGCUGGAAAGGGUAAGAAAGGGGAUGGAAUAAAUGUUACAUCUCUAGUUUCUGUUAUCCUCUUUCUCAGGCUGACACAGGCAAGAAUUUAGUCACACUUCCCAACACAACUGCCACCGCAAUUCUGUGCAGUGACGGGACCAUCUGGCUGGAACCCGAGGUUCUCUUUUCAGGGCCACGCCAAGCAUUUGAGUUUCCUCAAAUCAAUUACCGGAAGUAUGGUGGGAAACCUUAUACAUACGCGUACGGACUUGGCUUGAACCACUUUGUUCCAGACAGGCUCUGUAAACUGAACGUCAAAACGAAAGAAACUUGGGUCUGGCAAGAACCUGAUUCAUACCCAUCAGAACCCAUCUUUGUUUCUCACCCAGAUGCUUUAGAAGAAGAUGAUGGUGUAGUUCUGAGUGUGGUGGUGAGCCCUGGGGCAGGACAAAAGCCCGCAUAUCUCUUGAUCCUGAAUGCCAAGGACUUGAGUGAAGUUGCCAGAGCUGAAGUGGAGAUUAACAUCCCAGUCACUUUUCAUGGACUGUUCAAAAAAUCCUGAGCACAUCCCAGCAAGUUAUGUUUCUUUGAUAAAACCAAGAAAAAUAUAGUCAGGUCUACAAUCAAAUUCUGUUCAAUUUUAGCCUGCCAUAUUACAAGGUUUUAACUUGCAGAUGAACACAAUUUUGCAAUGUUUGCAGAGAGCGCAGAGUCAAACAAGCAAUUUCUUUUUUAAAGACUACACAUUUCAGAUAAUCAUACUUUCUCUAUAUAAGACAAGCAGAUCACAACUAAAAAACUCAACAUAUUUAACAAUCAAAGAGAAAACAAAUGUGGAUUCAUUAAACCGUUUUUUAUUCUUAUUAUAAAAGUGUAUCUUAGGUACCCAUCUGCUCCAAUUAUUUUUUAACAUUUAAAAGCCAAAGUCCUCUACACCUGAUCUGUAUGUGGCUUUGCUGAGUCAAGGCAAUAUCAUGCAAAAGGCUUAACUACUAAAUGUCAAACCAAACCUUUUCUCAAACAAGGGACGAUCAUAUAAAAGUAAUUAAUAAUU